AUGGUCGAGAAGGUCUACGUCACAUAUAACCAGCUGACAGCCCCCUCCACCACACAGGUCCACAAGCUCUGCCAAGAGGCAGCAGACCGAAUUCUCGAUGAAUUCAAGCCCAACCUCAUGAUCGCCAUUGGCGGUGGUGGUUACGUCCCUGCGCGUAUUCUCCGUUCCUUCCUCAAGAAGCCCGGCAGCCCCAACAUCCCCAUCCAAGCCAUCGGCCUCUCCCUCUACGAACAGCUCGACUCCAGCGCCGACUCCGAGGUCGAAAUCCCCGGCACAAAAGUAACACGAACACAAUGGCUAGACCUCUCCUCCCUCGAGAUGGCCAACCUAAUCGGCAAGAACGUACUCAUCGUCGACGAAGUAGACGACACGCGUACAACGCUCGAAUACGCUGUCCGCGAGUUGGAAAAGGAUGUCGAGGCCGCAGUCAAGAAGCUGGGGCGUGAGGGCGAAAAGACCAACUUUUCAAUCUUUGUGCUGCAUAACAAGGACAAGGCGAAGAAGGGUCAGCUGCCUCAGGACAUUCUCAAGGGCAGGUAUUGUGCCGCAAGGACCGUGGGCGAUGUUUGGAUCAACUAUCCUUGGGAGGCUACUGACAUUGACGAGCAUGACCGUCAUUCGAGGGAGCAGGAGAGCAAGCAAUAG